GGAGUGGCUUUUUGUUUAGCGUUUUGAAGGGGUAAUUUAGCCGGCUCCAACCUCGGGAGCCGCCAGUUACUGGCCUGUUCCUUCAUUCAUACAUUCAUUCAGUCACUCGGCCUCUCAUUCAGUAGCACACGUUGAGGGAUUACAGCAAUGAUCCCACGUUGAGCGUUCAUUCUAAGAGCUGUUUAUAGAUUAUCUCGUUGAACCCUUGACAGCAAUCCCGUGACACAGGGACUAACAGCACCAGUCUGACGGUUGAAAAACAGGCCAGGGGAAAAAAAUUCUCUAAGCUGGUGAUUUUACAUUCUUUGACAAACUUCAAUAGCAACAGGCAGCGAUACCCCUUUAAGCAAAUUCCAAGGAAAAGACCUCAUUUUAAAAUUCCCACCUCUGGCUCCCAAGGAUUGGUUUGCAAACUUCGACAAAAUACUCUUCUCCACUCGCUAUUGAAGACAAUGAAUGUAAAACUAUGCAAGAAUCACAGGAAACCCACAUAUCCAACCACCUAGAUGAAGUUGUUGCUGCUGUUAGCAUCACUAAUAGUAAGAAGUUCCAAAACAAGCUGCCUCAGACAGCACUAUUCCAGCCUCCUCGAGAGAAACUCCACCUCUGUGAAGAGAAAGCAAAGUCUUAUUCCAACAGUCACGAAUACAAACAGGCCGUCCACGAGCUUGUGCGUUGCGUAGCACUGACAAGAAUUUGCUAUGGAGACUCACAUUGGAAACUAGCAGAGGCACAUGUUAAUCUGGCUCAAGGCUACCUCCAGCUGAAAGGACUGUCACUGCAAGCGAAACAACAUGCAGAAAAAGCCAAACAAAUCCUCGCCAACUCCAUUGUGCCUCCCUAUAACGAGAAUACAGAUGUUUUCAAGUUUUCCAUUGAGCUUUUCCAUACCAUGGGCAGAGCUUUACUCUCCCUUCACAAUUUUAAGGAAGCUUCAGAGAAUUUGACAAAAGCAGAGAGACUUUCAAAGGAGCUGCUACAAUGUGGAAGGAUUAUAAAGGAAGAAUGGAUAGAAAUUGAAGCACGGAUCAGAUUAUCAUUUGCACAGGUGUGUCAAGGUCAGAAAAAAUCAAAAGAAGCUUUGUCCCACUAUCAAGCAGCUUUGGAAUAUGUUGAGAUCAGUAAAGGUGAAAAAAGUCAUGAGUGUGUACCCAUAUUGAGAGAAUUAGCAGGUGUAGAGCAAGCCCUGGGACUCCACGAUGUAUCCAUUAACCACUUCCUCCAGGCACAUCUCAUCAUCCUGAGUAGAAGCCCCUCUCAAGUGGAGGCAGCAGACUCCGCACACAUCGUCGCCCACGCUGCUGUCGCUUCAGGGAGACACGAGCACCAUGAUGUAGCUGAGCAGUAUUUUCAAGAGAGCAUGGCUCAUCUUAAAGAUUCUGAAGGGAUGGGAAGAACCAAAUUUCUUUCAAUUCAAGAUGAAUUUUGCCAUUUUCUACAAAUGACUGGACAAAAAGAGAGAGCAACCUUGAUCCUGAGAGAGUCCCUGGAAGCCAAAGUGGGAGUAUUUGGCGAUUUCAGUCCCGAGGUGGCAGAGACAUACCGGCUCCUGGGAGGAGCAGACCUGGUGCAGGGGAACCACAGUGAGGCCCACAAGAAACUGAAGAAGUUGUUGUGGAGAAGGAUGAUGGUACCUUGCUCCAGUACAGUGGCCAAGGGAUGGAACAAAGUCGUGGGGCAGUCGAGGGAUGUCGAUAAGGACAUAGAACCCAUGGGACUUGGCAACCUAGAGUGUCUCCAGAUCCAGACCCUCUUAUACGGACCACAGGACAAAAGGACUCUAGCCACCCAGCAGGCCAUGGGCAUCUUCUCCACGGCCCCCAAGGUUGCUGCGAAGCCAAGGCAGGCAUCGAAAGCCAAAGUGGUCCUCUGCACCAGCAUCCCUCAGGACACCAUGCUGGCGAAGGCCCGGCCCGGCACAACAGCAGACUGACACCCCCACCCUGAAAAAGCCUAGGACAUUCCUGGGCACUGUCAUUUAGGGUGCUGUAUAAAUCUGUCUCCACCUAGAAAAUGGAAUUCAACAGUCAGGAUACAGACUUCCAAGGCCAACUGCUGGCCCCAACGUGCAACAGUGAGACCGUAAGCCUCCCAUUGGCCACAUUUUGACAGUGGAUGCCCUUCAGGGUGAUAUAUGCUAUAAAGCAGUUUUCUUUCUAUCACCUAAGUGGUUUUUCUUGCCAACAAAGAAUUUUUACCCAUCAGCACUACUGUGGCUGAAAAACUUCUCUUCAAAAGUUUGGUGCACCCUGUGCAGGAGUCAGCCCGACAUCUGCUUGUACACACAGCUCCUUGCAUAGGUCUGGAAUCAGAUCUGGAACAGUGAAAUUCAAGAAGGAAGCCCUUUCUUAUAGGAGGCUAAUAGGGAUUGAGAAUAACAUGAGAAGAAAAUGCUAAUAAAGGGAAACCUGAACGCGCUGGUGUCAGCAUGUGUCUUCAAAGUGCAGCCUGCCUCAGAGUUCCUUGAAGCCUGAAAAGGGGUUUGGGAAAGAGCCCAGUAGGAGGGGCAGGAGGCCAACACACCUGACUUGGCCUGGGUCCAGGGGGGAAGGUAUAAGGGAGUGAAAAGAAAGGCUAGCAGGAGGCUGCCAGGGGAGGACCGCAGACUCCCUGCUGCUUCGCAUCCCUCCUGUGGCCUCCACUGCAGGCAGGACAAACCUGGACGCCACCUGGAGCUGCUUCCUGAGUUGGCACACUAUCGUGUACACAGUAGUCUUCAGCCUCCUGGAAGGAGGCCAUAGUCGUGUGAGGAUGGCAAAGUCGAACAGGAAGCUUUGAGCGCCUUUCUCCACGAUGUCAACAAGAAGAUCCAGUGCCAGAUCGAGGUGGACUGAACACACAGGGGUAGGGGUGCAGGUGUAGGCAGUGCCGUCCCUUCCCCUCCCUCCCCUAUGGCCAUGAGGCUGCAGGCCAGUGCUAAGAUGACAGCAGACUGCAGCACAGGGCCCUCCCCUCCAGCCCCCAGUGGGACAUCCGAACCACCCUGGGGCCAUUUGUGCAGGGCACCACCUCCAGUAUUGAUGGGGAAAAGAAACUUAAUAGAGCCAUGACAGGGUGGAGAGAAGCAGGGUCCACUGUCUUCCUCAGGAGCGUGACAGCUGACCCUGCAGACCAUGCUUGCUGGUACACACUGGUCCCACACCCAGGCCUGUCGGACAUCAGCAGUGUGCUAAAAAGGUGUAAGAUGUGGUCAUUACUCACCGUGUCUCCUAUCUAGUUGACAUGGGUGAAGUCUGCUAAGGGGUGAAUGUUCAUAUGCUCCCAAUCCACAUUGAAGCCCUAAUCCCCAAAGGGAUGGUACUAGAGGAUGGGGCCUUGGAGAGGUGAUUAGGUUAUGAGGGUGGAGCCCUGAUAAAUGGGAUUAGUGCUUUAUAAGAAGAGACACCAGAGAGAUGAUCUCUCUUUCCACCAUGUGAGGACACACUGAGAAGGCAGCCAUCUGCAGGCCAGGAAGAGAGCCCUCACCAGGAAGUGAAUCUGUUGGCACCUUGAGACUUCCCAGCUUCCAGAACUGUAAGAAAUAAAUGUUUGUUGUU